CUUGCCGUUAUAAUAUUCAGUCGGAGAACAGGUGCAUGCAAUGACGUUGUGAAAUAUUGACCGCAUCCGCGUGAACACGAAUUGGGGACGUUAAUGGAGACUGGUCUUGUUCGCCCAUUUACUGCGGCUCAACUAGCUUCAAAUCGUAUGAAGGAGUCCAAACAGGUACCACGAGAGGCUUUACCGGACGGACAGUAUGACACUGCAUUGUGGACUACUUUGUAUUGAGAUGGACUGUAACUUAGGUGUCGUUUCGACACGUUGCGCGUUUGCAGGAGCAAUUCAGCCGGUUUAAUUUAGCGACUGAUUGUAGGCUGCUGUGUAUCGGGUCAUGUUGUCUGCGUUCAACACGUUGCCUGAGAGCGAUGCAGGAACAGGUCACUGGUUCACUCCAUCCAUAAUUUAGGAUGACGCCUCUCGGUAAAACCUGCUCGGUCUCCUCCCUGUUUCCUCACCCCGUCUCCAGAGUUCAAACGCCUUGUCAGCAGACUGAGCGCUCCUGAGCACUCGCUGUGACCCUCCCUUGUUUGGCUCGCCUGGCUGACGUCCGGGGGAGGUGAUGCGACGCUUUGUCUACUGUAAGGUGGUGCUUACCACCUCUUUAGUGUGGGUGCUGGUGGAUGUCUUCCUGCUGCUCUACUUCAGCGAAUGUAACAAAUGUGAUGAUAGGAAAGACCGCUCGCUGCUUCCUGCCCUGCGAGCGGUGAUAUCUCGGAGCCAUGAGGGUCCUGGGGAGAUGGGAAAGGCAGUGAACAUCCCCAAGGACGACCAGGAGAAAAUGAAAGAGCUCUUUAAGAUUAACCAGUUCAAUCUGAUGGCCAGCGACAUGAUCGCACUCAACAGGAGUCUGCCGGACGUACGGUUGGAUGGCUGUAAGACCAAGCUGUAUCCAGAUGACCUACCAAACACCAGCAUCGUCAUUGUGUUUCACAACGAGGCGUGGAGCACCCUGCUGCGAACAGUUCACAGUGUCAUCAACCGCUCUCCCAGACACUUGCUGGUGGAGAUUGUGUUAGUCGAUGAUGCCAGCGAGCGAGACUUCCUGAAGAAGAAGCUGGAGAACUACGUAAGGACUCUGGAGGUGCCAGUGAGGAUCCUGAGGAUGGAGCAGCGUUCAGGUCUAAUAAGAGCCCGGUUGAGGGGGGCAGCCGCCACCAAAGGUCAGGUCAUCACCUUCCUGGACGCUCACUGCGAGUGUACUGUCGGCUGGCUGGAGCCCCUGCUGGCACGCAUCAAGGAGGACAGGACAGCAGUGGUGUGCCCUAUCAUUGAUGUCAUCAGCGAUGAGACCUUUGAAUACAUGGCAGGCUCAGAUAUGACCUACGGUGGCUUCAACUGGAAGCUGAAUUUCCGUUGGUACCCUGUCCCUCAGCGGGAGAUGGACCGACGCAAGGGAGACAGAACACUUCCUGUCAGGACUCCCACCAUGGCAGGAGGAUUAUUCUCUAUAGACAAAGCAUACUUUGAAGAAAUAGGAAGCUACGAUCCAGGGAUGGAUAUCUGGGGCGGAGAGAACCUGGAAAUGUCUUUUCGAAUCUGGCAGUGCGGUGGCUCAUUGGAAAUUGUAACGUGUUCACACGUAGGCCAUGUCUUCCGGAAGGCAACCCCAUACAGUUUCCCAGGAGGAACAGGCCAAGUCAUCAACAAGAACAACAGGCGCUUGGCUGAAGUCUGGAUGGAUGAUUUCAAGGAUUUCUUCUAUAUCAUAUCACCAGGCGUGAUGCGGGUGGACUACGGAGACGUUUCUUCCCGCAAAGAACUCCGCGAGGCCUUGAAGUGCAAACCGUUCUCGUGGUAUCUCGAGAACAUCUACCCAGACUCCCAGAUCCCGAGAAGAUACUACUCACUUGGUGAAAUCAGAAAUGUUGAGACGAACCAGUGUGUGGACAACAUGGGAAGAAAGGAGAACGAGAAAGUCGGCUUUUUCAACUGUCAUGGCAUGGGUGGAAACCAGGUCUUCUCUUACACGGCAGAUAAAGAAAUUAGGACAGACGACCUCUGUCUGGACGUCUCCCGCCUCAACGGACCUGUCGUCAUGCUCAAGUGUCACCACAUGAAGGGCAAUCAGAUGUUCGAGUACGAUGCCGAGCGCCUCACCCUGCUGCAUGUGAACAGCAACCAGUGUUUGGACAUGCCGUCUGAGGAGGACAAGAUGGUCCCCACCCUGAGAGACUGCAACGGCAGCCGCGCUCAGCAGUGGCUGCUUCGUAACAUGACCCUGAGCGUCUGAUCCCUCGCCUCACCUCUCUCCCCCCUCCGCCUUUUGGUCCUCAUCCUAACAAGUCCCUGGCUCUCCACGCCCUCGCCAGGUGGCUCUUACCACAGCACACCAUACGGCUCUUCCUGUAACAGCCUGGCCAGCCAAUACAGAGAUCCAGGCAGCAGCGGCUUAUCUUCCAUUAUGGAGGCGUCUCCUUUUACAGCUCGCAGUUUGAGCGAAGCUGCACCUGCCGUUCAGGCGACACGAGGAGCCGUGGCUUUGGGGACCUUGUUGUGUCUGAGCAGAGAGAACGAUGUGUGAGGUCUGUGCAUGGAGAACAUUAAAAUCAAAGCACUCACACUGUGUCGGCCAGCUGCUAGCCGUGCAUCCACUGUGCUGCUCAGACUGCUGCUUAUCUGCUCGAUAAACAACAAAACAGAAGAGCAACUUUAACAGGAACACUGCGAGGUACGUCUCUGCGAUGGUCCACACUGUAAAUGACCUUCCUUGUGUUGUGUACGUGCAGUGCACACGUGUCCACUGUAGGUACCAUCUGAAAAAAGACUGUUGUCAUGACUGCUGCUCAUCCUCUCUCCAUAUCAGAGUUACAUUCAAAAAACAGGAAGCGAUGUCGUUAACAGAGCCCGACCAAUACUGUAGUUGUGAAGCAGAUACUGGUGUUGAUAUUUGAGUAUCAGAACACCUGAUACUGUAUGUGCACUGAUAUUUGAUUUUAAAAUCAAACUGAAAUGUAAAGUACAGUAUAAUUAUAUUUUAGCGUUUGUGGGGUUUUUUAUAGGUUAACACUGUGCAGAUAUAUUUGUAGAAACAAUGUCUGAGCUUGGAGCUCUAGGUGGGCGUUCCCCACGCCGGCUGGUGACUGACUGGGCCAGUGUCACGCUGUCAACGUCCGUUGUUCUCUGCUGACUGAAAAGUGUCAUCGUGCUUUUUUUUUCUCUUUUUGCAAGCCCACAUGAUGUCGGCUAUCAACCUGAUUUAAGCAGUCUGUCCCUUUCCAACUUUUAACAUGUGGGAGGAACGUUUUUUUUUUUUUUGGGUAAUUAGAAACCAAAUAAGUACACAAGUCAAAUCAAACAGAAAUGAUAAGUGUAAAAACUAAAUUGUUAUUUCAGUUUGACUUUAAAAUAAACAAAUUACAUUCAUUUGUUUUAUUAGGAUUCCUUAAAGGUACAAUGUGUAAGAUAUGGCCAGAAUUGUAGUUUAAAACAUUUAAGAAAUGCAUUGUGUUGCAACAAGAUAGAGAUAUCUACUGAAGUGAGCAUGCUAACCAGUUAGCUCAUGCAGUCUUGCCGUGGCAUCUGUAACUUUAGAGGUGAUAGUAAGUCAGUGUAGUGUCCAGUGUGUCCCUCAGUCCAACAUGAGAGGACAAAGAAGUCAAAUCCGAUAUUAAGUUUAUUGUUUGGCAAUACCUGCGAUCUCUCUUGACUUUAAGCUCAGAUGUUUUUAUGUUCUCGACUUCCUCUUUGUAAUUGGAAAAGCCAUCUUUGGUCCCAUCUUGCUUGCUCAUUGCAACGUGUACAUAGUUGACCAAAAAGUGUCUACAGAAAACUCAAAGUUCACAGUUGCUACACCUGUCAACACAGCAGGGGACCAAGCUAGUCAACAGGCUCCCAGCCCUGUUUAGUUAAGGUCCAUGCUCACAAUCCGGGCAAGACCAAGACAGUGUCUCAGUUUGAACCAUCUGAUGUCCAAAAUCUGCAAUACUGGUUUUGUCUUUUCAGCCACUUCAGGCCAGUGUACAGCCAAGCUAAGAUAGCUAGGCUAAGCUAGUUUGCAGGCUUGUUCAAGUCCGUACUCUUACAUCGUAUCAAUCCAGGAUUUUUUUUUAGGUCAAAAUAUGUCCAGAUGUAGAUAAUUCGAGAGGGUUUUAAGGCACAGAAAGUGCCACUAAUAACAAUACAAACCAUACCAAAAAACAUGAUAUUCUCAAUAUAUGGUUUUAAUGUGACUAUUUUCUUGCUGACUGCUCUCAAAGUUUCAGCCAUUUGGUUGAAUUAAGUGUGUUUUUGCCCUGCUGUCAGAUAGUAAAUGGCUUGGAGAUAAAAUGCUGUCCCCCAUUAGUUUGAACCAUGUGGCCCCUAAGCCCCAAGGAAGAAGCACCAGGCUUUAAAGCCAAUUUUUUCAGUGGUCAAAAGUGGAAUUACACAGUCACGUGAUGCCAUUGGGCCAAAAAAGACUGUUGUGACUCUUGUGUCUGUGAAUCGGUUUCUAAAUUUUUUGUGUCAGAACACCCUAGAAGUAACUUGUUUCCCUAUCGGGCAAAUUUAAUAAUUAAAUGGUUUACUUAUUAGUGCUCCUAAGAAUGUAAGGGACUCACUAUUUCUAAAAUACCUCAAACAUAUCGUUGGCUUUUCUGUACUUUAAUUUAAUCUUUGUUGUCAGUUGACAUAGGCAGAUAAAAACAUGUCUGUUAAAAGCGAAUAUCUGCCGGUUUAUUGGUCGGGCUUAAGUCAUUAAGGUGGAUGUCAGGAGACAUUUGAAAAAAAUAGAUUUCAAACUGUCAUCUAAAAAAUGAAUAGAGGUUAAAACAAGAGUGCAGCUUUAUUAUCCUCCCUGAUUAAUCACAUAAUGUUCCAUGUUCGUGAAACAGGAAUUACAGUAUGAAAAUAUGAGGCAGCUCUGUGGAUUUCAAUGGAAGUUUAUUAAUAGCAGGGUUUUUCUUUUUUUAAAUAAGUGGUUGCGGGAAAGGAGCUAGCAAGUUAUUGAAUGUAAAAGUUUACCUAAAUGAUUACAGCUGUAUUCUGAAAUACUUUACUGUGUUUUCUUGGCUGUCCGAGAGCAUCAGUACUGACGUUUUUUGAAAGAUUUCAGAUUCCUGCUACCAGUAUCCUGAGAAAUCACGAUUAUCCUGGAGCCGGAUAGUUACGUGUGCCUUUAGAGAGUUGUUUUGUAUUUGGUUUAUUGGUUUUUUAGAACAUUUUUAUUUGUUUUAGUGUUGGAAAAG